AAAAAAAAACUGAAAUUAAACUCCAUACCAAACCCCUUCUCUCUGUAAAAUAGUCCUUAUCAUUUUUUCUCUCUAAACCGCCAUGGCUGUGGAAGGAGGGGGGACAUUAUCGGAGCUUUACCAAAACUCGAAGAAGCUCUUGCUGAGGACCAGAGACGGUCUUGAGAGGCUCGAGAGGUUGGAGCUCUCGUCGUCGAACAGCCUCGAUUCACCGGAACUCUCAGUGGCCGUCAAGAGGGACAUUGCUCAGAUCCAAUCACUAUGCGUCGAUAUGGAUCGCUUGUGGAGGUCCGUCGCAGCCAAAUCUCAACGCGAUCUCUGGAGGAGAAAAGUGGAACAAGUAGCUGAAGAGGCUGACUCAUUGACAGAUAGCCUGGAUAAGUAUUUUUUACGGAAUCAGAGACGGGUGCAAGAAGCUAAAGAGAGGGCAGAAUUGCUUGGAAGAGCCAAUGGGGAAUCCUCUCAUGUAUUGAGAAUUUUUGAUGAGGAAGCACAAGCAAUGCAGUCAGCCCGUAACUCUUCCAGGAUGCUGGAAGAAUCUCAUGCAACUGGAGUUGCCAUCCUUGCCCAAUAUCACACACAAAGGGAGCGCUUGAAGGGUGCGCAACGGAAAGCACUGGAUGUACUGAACACACUGGGGCUAUCUAAUUCUGUAUUGAGGCUCAUUGAGAGGAGGAAUCGGGUUGAUCAAUGGAUUAAAUAUGCUGGCAUGGUUUUGACAAUCAUCAUCCUAAUUGUGUUUUGGAGGUGGACGCGAUGAACUGUGUGACCGUGUAUUGAGUGGGUGAAAAAUAUAUCUUCCCUCAUUCUGAUAUCCUCUCGGAUAGCUAAAUGAUGCUGUAAGAUGCAAUUGCUGAAAGCAGGCAGACACAGAGAAUUUGUUUACUGAGCCCUUUGUAGAUUUUACUUGUAGGGUUGAAUUGGUGGUGGUAUUGUGGGACACAGUGUAGCUGGAAGUGGAAGAGAAGAGAGUGAGAGAGAGAAGAUGUCUAAAGAGCUUUAAGAGUAUCGGGUAGGAAUAGGAUUGCUUUCUUCAGCUACUUUCAGGUUGAAAUGUGGCUUUCCCCUUCGCGACACUGUAAAUUCUGUAAUGACUCCAAAGUGUUAAAUCAGUUGUCAAAAGGGUAAAAAGCCAAAAGGACACUGGUUAUAUUUCUGAUUGCAAAGACAAAUCUUUACUGUAAAUUGUGCCUCAAUCUUUAUGAUUUGAGAAAGAGGUUCACGAUACUUUUUGUAGCACUUUUAUUCUCCAAUUGAAAAAUAAGUUGUGUAAUAUACGUUUUUAAUAUUUUAAAAUUGUGCAAAAUUAUCCGGCUAAAUUUGACAUAAA